UCCCCACAUACGUGUCGUGUUUCCACUGGAUCAGCCUUAGUUGCCGGCCGCUUUUCGGAUGUCGUAUAUAAGACAGCACACAUUGGAGCAACUUACUUGUUCACGCUUUCCAUCAACUUGUUUCUUCUCCAACAACUCAAAGCAGUCCAAGAGGAAAAAAACACAAAGCCAACCUCAAGUAUGUCAUCGAUGAAUAAUUUAUCGGAAUCAGGGAAAUCCGGGAUGAAUUUGAAAGAGACUGAGCUCACCCUCGGGUUACCCGGGGAGCCACGUGUUGGCAAGGCGUGCAUGAAGCGCGUGUUCUCCGAGACGGUUGAUUUGGAAUUAGGGAAUUCCGGCAAGAAAGAUUCAUCGGGAAGUGGAAGUUCCAUGAAGAAAGAGUCUGCAACAUCAAGGGGAAAACUGGUAGGUUGGCCGCCGGUGAGAGCCCACAGGAAGAACAUAAUGACAGUGAAAAGUGGGAAAUACGUGAAAGUAGGUGUGGACGGAGCUCCGUAUUUAAGAAAAGUUGAUCUGGAAUUGUACAACAGUUAUGAACAAUUCUUGAGCGCGCUAGAGGGACUGUUUACUUGUUUUAAGAUUCGUACCGUUCUGGAUGAGAAGAAACUAAUGGACCCUGUUAAUGGAGUUGAAUAUGUACCAACUUACGAAGAUAAGGACGGAGACUGGAUGCUAGUCGGAGAUGUUCCAUGGAAAAUGUUUGCUGAAUCGUGCAAGCGAGUGAGGUUGAUGACAAGGUCCGAGGCAAUUGGUUUAGCUCCGAGACCAGAAACGAAAUGCUCAAGCUCAAGUUCUUGAACUGGAGAAGUAUAUGUUACUAUAUGAAAAUGUAGGUAGCUUUUGGUGUAGACGAGACGCUCCAAUUUAAUAGAUCUAUAAUAUGUGUGUAUGUAUGUAUUAAGGGAGAGGAAUUUUGAGCAGGAGGUUGAUUAAGGAGAACUAUACAAUAAAUAUUUUCCUUUACCAUUAGUAUAAGUUGCUUCUAACUUCAUAGUAGUAUUAGUCAAUGCUUCUUCUAUUA